CCAUAAGCGACCAUCCUUUUGGGGGAAGCCAAAGGAGGUAGCCAGCAUGAAAAUGGAGGAGCAAGACCCAGCACGGUGUAUACAAAGGGAGGAAUCAGAGGAUGCUGGGAAAGAUCCCCAUGUCCUCCAGCGUGGAAGUCUUAGAGAGGGCCACACCAGAGUGCAGCUGGUGAAACAGGAGCCAUGUGAAGGGCUGCUUCAGCACUGGGAGGCACAGUGGCAGGAGUUCCUGAAGACGGUGGAGUCCCCUCAUUCAAAUUGGGCCAUCCCACAGGUGCCGAAGGAGCCCGCCACACCGUGGAGCGACCCAAAGGCCUUUCUGGCCACCUUUGAACAGGUGGCCGAAGCCUGCCAGUGGCCCAGGGAAGAAUGGGCAGCCCAGCUUCUGCCGGCCCUCCAUGGGGAAGCCGAGGAGGCCUUUAGCCGGCUGAAGGUCAAAGACAGAGAGGAUUAUGGGAAGGUGAAGGCAGCCAUCUUGCGAGGGGAGGCCUUGAAGAGGGAGAAGCUGCGCCAGCACUUCCGGCGCUUCCGCUACCAGGAGGCGGAGGGGCCAAGAGGGACAUGGCUGCGGCUCCAGGAGCUUUGCCAUGGUUGGCUGAAAGUUGAGAGGCACACCAAGGAGGAGAUCCUGGAGAUGCUGAUCCUGGAGCAGCUCCUGAGCAUCCUCCCAGCAGAGAUCCAGAGCUGGGUGCGGAAGCGAGGGCCAGAGACCUGCUCCCAAGCGGUGGCCUUAGCUGAGGAUUUCCUGCACAGAGACGCAGAGAGAAUGGAAAAACAGGUACUGACGCUGCUUGCAGAGGCAGCUGUGAGCUUCUCUGAUGCAGGCCAGGCUCCAGGUCAUUCCGGGCAGAAGCAGCUAUGCUUGGAAACCAAAAAGGAAGAUGAGGCCAGCUUGCUUGGUAAGGGUUACUGGGUAUGUGUUUUCUUUCUUGCAGCUGUGAAAGGCUACCUAAAUUUAAGCGCUGAGCAAAAAUAUACCUCAGGUGGCUCACAGCCAGAGCGACCCUAUGGGACAUCAGUGGGAAGAGCAGAGGAAAAUAUUGUUCCCUGUGUCAAGCAGGGCAGCUUCCCUGAGAAGUGGCAGAGAAGGGAGUUCCAGGAAACCCAUCCAGAGAAGAGACCACAUCAAUCACCUCCUUGUAUGGAAAGUCACAGGGCGGUCAGCGAAGCCACAGUUCAGCAGAAAGUUCACCAUGAUUACAGGCAGAUGAGAACCUUUGAAGAGAAUAACACUCAACAGGAAACCCUGGAGCGAAUAGGCUGGUAUGAGAUGUAUCCAGGGAGCUCAAGAGACGUUUCCCUCCACCGUCGGGAAAGAGCCCAGAAGGCACCUUACCAGUGCACGGAGUGCGGGAAAAGCCUCAGCCGCAAAGACAACCUGACGAGACAUCAGCAGAUGCAUGCUGGGAAAAAGAAGCCCCACCAAUGCUCUUCCUGCUUGAAAACCUUCCGGGACAAGUCCCACCUUAUCCGGCACGAGAGAAUCCACACGGGGGAAAAGCCCUUCAGCUGUUCUGUCUGCGGGAAAAGCUUCAGCUGCAACUCGUAUCUCAUUGUUCACGAAAGAAUCCACACAGGGGAGAAGCCAUACAAGUGCGCCGUGUGUGGGAAGAGCUUCAGCUGCAAUUCCUACCUCCUCCGCCACAAGAGGAUGCAUACGGGGGACCGGCCGUACAAGUGCCCCGUUUGCGGAAAGAAGUUCACUUGCAAUUCCAACUUGAUUUUGCACAAAAGGACCCACACCGGAGAGAGGCCCUACAAGUGUUCCGCUUGCGCCAAGACCUUCCGCCAGAGGUCCCACCUGAUUUUCCACGAGAGGAUCCACACCAAAGAGAAGCCCUUCAAGUGCUCAGCCUGUGGGAAGAGCUUUGGCCGUAAUGCGCAGCUGAUUCAGCACAAGCGGAGCCACACAGGCGAGAAGCACUACCAGUGCCCCAUCUGCGGGAAGAAGUUCAGUUGCACGUCGUACUUGAUUCAGCACGAACGGAUCCACGGGUGGGACAAGCCGUACAAGUGCCCGGACUGCGGGAAGACCUUCCGGAGGAGCGCGGAGCUCUCUUCGCACCAAAGAACCCACACUGGGGAAAAACCGUAUCAGUGCUUUGAAUGUGGGAAGACUUUCAGCUGGAGCGCUGGCCUGACCUCCCACCAGAGAACCCACACUGGGGAGAAACCAUACCGUUGUUCGACGUGCGGGAAGAGCUUCAGUCGGAAACGGCUGCUGAUCAUGCAUGGUCUCUUGCACAUGGGGGAGAAACCACUUCAAUGCGCCACAUGCGGGGAAAGCUUCAGCCUGAAUUCGCAUCUUGUUAGACAUGAAAAAACCCACAUGGUGGAAGCCACAUAAACAGAC